AUGAAAUAAUAUAAUAAGACAAUUAUAGUGGAUGGUCUCGAAAUAUUGCAGGAAAGGUUAAGUUACAAAGCAAAUGAGGGUGAUUUAUAUAAUGGAAUAAUUAAAUCCAAUAAUAAAAAAGUUCUUAUUAAAAAAUAGAAAUAUUCUUCAGAUUAUCUAGAUGAAGUGUUAAAAAUAUUAAAGGGAAAGAAACAUUCUAAUAUUAUAGAGAUAAUUGCUUUUUAGAAUAUUAAAAAGGGAAAAAUAAUUGUUAUGGAAUUAGCAGAUGGAUCAGUUAAAGAUUUGAUGGAAAAUAAUUUUGUUUUAAACAAUGAGACUAUAAUAAUAGAUGAUGUAUUUAUUUAAGUAUAAUAUUUAUAUGAAAUUUAGAUGGUCUAAGGUGUAAAUGAAUUUCAUAAAUAUAGUUUAAUACAUAGAGAUUUAAAACCAGAAAACUUUGUUUACUUUUUCAAUUAAGAAAACAAAAAAAUAAUCAUAAAAUUAAUUGAUUUUGGCACAUCUAAAAUGGAAAACACUAUAUACACAUAGAAUGUUGGUACAAUUAAUUACAUUGCUCCAGAAUUAGUAAGAAAUAUUCCUUAUGAUUAAUCUAUUGAUAUUUGGUCACUAGGCAUUAUUUAUUAUGAAAUAAUAACAACAGAGGAUUUUUUUAAUGGUAUUCAUUUAUAUUUUUCAGGUAAUACGAUUGAUGAAAUUAAAUAAUAAAUAUAAGGAAUAGUUUAAAUGCAAGUAGAUUAGAAAAUAAAAAAGAAUAAAUAAUUGAAUUGUGAGCAGAAAGAAUUACUUUUAAAUAUUUUAAAGAUUUAAAAAAAUGAAAGAAUUAAUUGUUUAUAAAUUAUAAAUAAACUUAGUGAUAAAGCAUCAAUUGAUGAAGGUUUAUUCUAUAAUUUACUUUAUUACUAGAUAAUAAGUGGAAAUAAGCAAUGAAAGAUAUUAAUCUAUGGAUUGAAAAUUAAAAAAAUGAGGAAGUUUAAAAAAGAAUUGGUUUUUUGUUUUUCAUAUUAAAUAGCUGAAUUACUAUAAGAUGAUAAAAUUACUUAAAAAGCUAUAUAAUACUUCGAUAAACUAAUUGCAGUUGAUCCAAAAAAUCAUAAAACUUAUGAGAUGAUAGGUUUUUCAAUUUUAUUAUUAAAUAGCCGAUUUAUUAUUAAGUUAUGAUAAGUGUUAAGAAGCAAUCAAAUACUUUGAUAAAUGGAUUGCAAUUAAUCCAAAAAAUGAUAUAACUUUUGAGAGUAUAGGUUUUUUUAGUUUAAAUAUUUAAUAGUUUGGUUGCUAUAAAUUUAUAGUUAUAUUAAUUCGAUUAUUAUUCCAUAAUAAGUGUUAAGAAACGAUAUAAUACUUUGAUUAAUGGAUUGCAAUUGAUCCAAAAAAUGAUAAUACUUAUGAGAAAAUAGGUUUUUUAAUUAAAAUAUUAAAUAGCUUAAUUGUUAUUAUUCCAUAAUAAGUGUUAAGAAACGAUAUAAUACUUUGA